CGAUAACCUGAGCUGUGUCCCCGUCUGCAUGGGGGCUGUCUGGAGUCUCUCUGCUAUGAACUCAUAAUGAUGUAUUGCCAUAAUUACAUGCUUCCUCACACCUGUGAGCGCCACUAUGAUCUUUUGGAUACAAACUUGAACUUCAUGAAAUGAAUGCAACACUCUUGCCUUUGUAGAAAGAAGACCCAGGUUUGUGAAUAAGGGCCUUUCAGCAUGGAGUUUGCUUGUUCUCCCCAUGUGUGCGCUGGUUUUCCCUGGGUUCGUAAAUUGGCAGUAAGUGUGAGAGUGGUUGGAUAUAAUCUGUUUGUCAGUGAAUUUGAUGGCCCUGUACUCUCUGCCUGACGGUAGUGGCUCAAACAGUGAAUGCCCAUUUUGGUGACCCUCUGGAGCAGCUGGAAAACCAGUAGGUCAGGUUCUCCUCACCGUUAGCUGCUCCACCUCAUCCUGGGGUUGCAGCCAGUGGAUGGAUGAGCGGAUGCGCAUGUCUGAUUGGCCAGGCACGCGCUCCCAGCAGGAGCGCCGGGCUCUCGACUUGUCGCUCAGAUUCACAAGCGCAUGAACACCGCGGAGCCGCGCGCGCUGUGUCCAUCUCCUCUCAGACUUGGAAAUAAUCCACUUAUCAUUGAACGCUGGCACCAUGGACGCCACCAUCUAUCAAAUCAUUCUUGGAGAGCUCGGGGACCUAAACUGCACUUUGAUAGAUGCGCUUCAGGACACUUUUUUGGAAAACGCUUCAUUAUCUUUGAGCGCUGAUGGUUUAUAUUGUAAUGCCACGACUGAUGAGAUUGGAACCUGCUGGCCACGGAGCAGCACAGGGAGCAUUGUGGAGAUACCUUGUCCUGAGUACAUCAACGGGGUGAAGUACAACACAACCAGGAGUGCUUAUAGGGAAUGCUUGGAAAAUGGCAUGUGGGCGUUGAAGAGCAAUUACUCCAAUUGUGAACCUAUUUUGGAGGAGAAGAGGAAAUAUCCCGGGCAUUAUAAAAUAGCGCUGAUCAUCAACUACCUAGGCCACUGUGUCUCUGUUGGAGCGCUGGUUGUGGCCUUCAUUCUCUUCCUGUGCUUAAGGAGCAUACGGUGUCUUCGAAACAUCAUCCACUGGAACUUGAUCACCACCUUCAUACUGAGGAACGUCAUGUGGUUUUUGCUUCAGUUGAUUGACCACAACAUUCACGAGAGCAACGAGCCUUGGUGUCGAUUAAUUACCACAAUAUACAACUACUUUGUGGUGACAAACUUUUUUUGGAUGUUUGUCGAAGGGUGUUACCUUCACACGGCCAUUGUUAUGACUUAUUCCACCGAUAAACUCAGAAAGUGGGUCUUCCUUUUCAUCGGGUGGUGUAUCCCCUUCCCCAUUAUAGUAGCCUGGGCCAUUGGAAAGCUGUAUUAUGAAAAUGAACAAUGUUGGUUUGGCAAAGAGCCUGGGAAAUAUAUGGAUUAUAUUUAUCAGGGACCAGUUAUUCUUGUGCUCCUGAUAAACUUUGUUUUCCUCUUCAACAUAGUAAGAAUUCUUAUGACAAAACUCAGAGCUUCGACUACUUCUGAAACGAUACAGUACAGAAAGGCGGUGAAAGCAACGCUGGUCUUGCUUCCUCUGCUCGGCAUCACCUACAUGCUGUUUUUUGUGAAUCCGGGGGAGGACGACAUCUCGCAAAUCAUUUUCAUCUAUUUCAACUCCUUUUUACAGUCUUUUCAGGGGUUCUUCGUGUCAGUGUUUUAUUGCUUUCUAAACGGAGAGGUACGUUCAGCUGUAAGGAAACGGUGGCACCGCUGGCAAGACAACCACGCGCUGAGAGUGCGAGUUGCACGAGCGAUGUCCAUCCCCACAUCUCCAACCAGGAUCAGCUUCCACAGCAUCAAACAGACCACAGCCGUGUGACGGGGGAUGUGCACGUAUACAUGCGCACGUGAUUUAGAGAAGAGACUGGUUUCACUGAAAUGGCCGUAGUUCCAGGAUACUUCCAGGAUAUGAACCUAAAUUAUUACUUUAACUGCACACAAAGUAAGAUGAAGC